UUGUUUUGUUUGCUUUUGUAGUCAUACGUAUCGUUCACCUGGCCGGGUGUUCUGUUAAAGUGAUGUACAGUGUGUUUAAUUUCUUCACUUUCAACACUAUCUCUUGAUAGCGAUAUAUUUAAGUUCAUGUACAUACUUCAUGAACAGAAUGAUGUGCUACAUAUCAGCAUAUUACUACAUUUAUUACAGUAUUAGGCUGUAUGAUAAGUAAUGAUGGAUAAUAUAAAGCAGCUAAAUCAGAAAGAAAAAAAGCAUUCAUGAAAGACGAGCUAGUGAAAAGCGCGGAAGCGUUAUGAUUUUCGCUGUUCCUUGUCCUGAUCAUGCACGUCCUGCAUAUUAUUACCAUACACAUCCAGAAUACAUUUUCUCGUUCGACUUGCUAUUUUAUCACAUAUUAUGUUGCGUCGAUGAUCACGCACGUCUAAUAAUAUAAGAUUGUAUUUCGCGCCUCUUCCUCAAGAUAUAACACGUAGUACUCUCCGCUCUAUGCCGAGGUCGCCACAAUUUUUAUAGUUAGAAACCAAAAAUUCUCCCCUCUUCCUAGGGGAUUCCCGCCAGCGCUCGUGUCAUUCUUUAUCUUUGUGCCGAGAUAGUCACAUCGCCAGUGCAUUUUCAAGGAAAAAAUAAGGAAAAAAUGGGAAAAAGGAAGCACAAGAGCUCACGUUCAGACGAUGAAUCCAAGGAAAAUAAAGUAAACAAAAAAAUGAGGCGUUUAUCGAAGGAAUUAAGGAAAUUAAAAAACAUAAUACAGAAAGGUACAAGAAACAAUGAGUCAAAGGCAGAGAACCGGGGUCAACAAGAAUCAACUAAAAAAGCAGACUUGAGGAGUUUAUCGAGAAGCCCCUCAUGUACUCCUCCAAAUUCUCUGUUAGAAUUUUCGGAGGAUUAUCAACACUCGCCUUUGACAAAUGACGAGAUCAUGGUUAACCCAACGAAAGUUAAUUCAGCGGUUGUAAUGCAAAACCAUGAUCCCAACGGUGUUGCUACAACGCAAUCAAACAUCUCUAAUGAAGGUCAACUGACACCUAAGGCCGGAGAAAAUUCAGCUCCUCCAAAUAACCAGGAAGCUGACGUUUCCACACAGGGAAACGAGGUCGUCAUCGAAGACCUGGACAUAGAAAUUCUAGAAGCUAUCGGCAAACGAGUAGCGGAAGAUAGAGUGCUAGCUCCUUCAAUUCCAAAAAGCAUCGCCGUUCGAUUGGAGGACAUUUUAAAAAAAAGGUCUUCCAAAAGAAGAAAAGGAAAAAUUAAUAAAGGAACACGCACCACCAAAAAAUUGCACAUUGAUAGAUCCUCCCAAAUUAAAUGACGAAAUUAAAGUUUCUGUAAUGGAAACAACCACGAAAAGGGAUGAUCGCAUAAUAGAAAAGCAAAAAAAAUUACAGCUUGUCUUGCCCUAAUGGGAAGUGCCAUAGUGGAUAUCAUUAACAGUAAUAAAACAGAGAGAGAAAAUCCAAAAUUACCCCCCACUCAAAUUGAAUUAAUUAAGAAGAUCAGCGAGGCUACUCGAUUAUUAGCAGAUCUGCAGAGAGAUGAGACCCUGACUCGCAGGAGCCUAAUCCUUGCUGUCAUUAAUAGCUCUCAGAAGGAAGUCUUACAAUCAUCAACGGCGGAUGAAUGGCUCUUUGGCCAGAAGUUGGGCGAUCGUUUAAAGGCGGCAAAAUCAAUUGAACGAUCGAGUAAGGAUCUGAAGGCGAACCCUAAAAA